ACAUAUUCGGCGAUAUCUGACCAGUUCCCCAAACCCAACGUCUCACAUGCAUCAAUCAGCAAAAGCUCUUCAUCUGCACCCCAGUCUUCUGUAAAGAUAGGAUAGGAAUUCGUCUCUAUAAUACGAUAUGGAUGACUUGGCUGGUGGUUGCCGAAGGAAGCUCCAGAAGUGUAGCAGGGAAUGCACAAAUCAAAAUCGGCACAUUCCGCGCAUCUAAUGUGAAUCAUCCUUGUUAUAUCUUGUGCACAUACAUUACAAUGAUACUUUUGAGGCGGCAUCCUGCAGGGGAGCGAAAAUUUUCUGUUCCACUAUGGUGGAGCAAAAUCCCGUGGUACGGUCAGGUUGGGUAGGAGAGAUGAAAACCAAAUAAACUCGAUAAAUUGUAAGAACCCUACUAGGAAAAGUAGAUAGAAUUACUCAAAAAGAGCUGCCGAAUUUUUUGAAAAAAAUCAUGGUGGAAAACCAGAAAUUCCGAUAUCGGGAAUUGUCAACACCACAAGGCAAUCCUGAUCAGACUUCGUCUUUAAAAACGGCCAAAAACAAGUGAUCCCUAACUCUAUCGUUUUUUCAUGAAAGGCACCAAUCUUCAGACGAUAUUUUGAGGUUUACCAGAAAUCUCAAACCAAGGUUGAGGAGCCCUUCAACUUAAAAUGAGUCCGUAGUUUGCUUACGCUUCCAGUUCGCAUAGAAGAAUUCUUGAUUUUUUAGUUUUUCAUUUACCGUAUAGAACUGAAAAAAAAAAAAAAAAAAAAAAAAGAAAUGCUAAAAGAAAAUAUUUCCAAACCAUACUUUUACGACGAUACAAACCUCUAUAGGAAGAUAUUUACUGAAUUAAAGCACGUUGCCGUUCGUUAAUGAGUUUCUCCGUGGGCUAGCGUAACAUAACCCUACCCUAUGUGGAAUGGUCAGUAACAGCAGUCACGUACUACAAACACGAAAAAUCACAGAAACGAAAUCAUCACAGGAACAGAAAUGGGUCGUGUACGUACCAAAACUACGAAGAGAGCUUCUCGCGUAGUGAUCGAGAAAUACUAUCCUCGUCUCACGUUGGACUUCCAAACCAACAAGAGAAUUGUCGAUGAGGUCGCUAUUAUUGCUUCCAAGCGUCUUCGCAACAAGAUUGCUGGUUACACGACUCACCUUAUGAGACGUAUUCAACGUGGACCUGUCCGUGGUAUCUCCUUCAAGCUUCAAGAAGAAGAACGCGAACGCAAGGAUCAAUACGUUCCCGAAGUCUCUGAGCUUGAAAAGGAGAAGCUUAACGUUGACCAAGACACUAAGGACAUGCUUAAGGCUCUUGGCUACGACUCUAUUCCCACUCUUGUCGUCAACCCCUCUGCUCGUCCUGAGCGCACUUUCCGCUACAAGCACUAGAGGUUUUCUUAGAUGUUACAAAUCAAAUUUGUUUUUGAAUGUAAUCAUUGAUUUUCAAGUG